UCCAUCGCGCACUAAUUUAUCUCCAAUUAAACAAAAAUAGUUCGCUUUCAGGGAGGAAGUUUUGGGUGAUUUCGAUGAGAAAAAUCCGGAAAGAGCGCGUGAAUUAAAGGAGCCGCUCCUCCAACGAGCCUCCUCCAAACUCCGUGGGAUUGCCCCUGCGCGUCUUCUCWGCGGACUCUAAAUAUAAACCGGUGACAAAUAGUCCAAAUAGCCCACAGCAGCAGCCCAACUGUGAUGUGGGGGUGGCGCGCCUCCAUCUCCAAAAGUCUCCUCAGUUGGAUCCGGAGUGCGUCAGGAGAAGGUCGCAGAGCGCCUCGGCUGUUCUCCCCCACUCCACCCUCCCUCCGCUCCUCUCCGCUGUCCUCUGGGUUACCAUGAAGAGACAAAACGCCAGGACCCUCGCCCUCAUCGUCAGCAUCCUCACCUACCUGGUGGUCGGAGCGGCCGUCUUCCAGACCCUGGAGUCCAAGCAGGAGAAGAGUCACAAGAGGAGGCUGGACGUCAGGAGGCACGAGCUCAUGCGCAAAUUCAACUUGACCAAAGCGAACUUCGAGGAGCUGGAGCUCGUGGUUUUACAGCUCAAACCUCACAAAGCCGGGGUCCAGUGGAGGUUCGCCGGCUCCUUCUACUUCGCCAUCACUGUGAUCACGACCAUAGGUUACGGCCACGCAGCGCCCAGCACGGACUCAGGGAAAGUCUUCUGCAUGUUCUACGCCCUCCUCGGGAUACCGCUGACCCUGGUCAUGUUCCAGAGCCUGGGCGAGCGCAUCAACACGCUCGUCCGAUACCUACUGCACCAAGCCAAGAAGUGCCUGGGGCUGCGUCAGACCGAGGUCUCCAUGGCCAACAUGGUGACGGUGGGCUUCUUCUCCUGCCUGAGCACCCUGUGUGUGGGGGCGUUGUUGUUCUCCCACUGCGAGGGAUGGAGCUUCCUUCACGCCUUCUACUACUGCUUCAUCACGCUCACCACCAUCGGCUUUGGCGAUUACGUGGCCCUGCAGAAGGACGAYUCGCUGCAGAACGACCCGCGGUACGUGGCGUUCUGCUUCGUUUACAUCCUCAUGGGCCUGACGGUGAUCGGCGCCUUCCUCAACCUGGUAGUGCUACGUUUCCUGACCAUGAACAUGGAGGACGAGCGACGCGACGCCAAGCAGAAGGCCUUGAUGUCCAUUGGCAAGCCCAGAGCGGAGGCGUCCCGCCUGUUGCCGCUCUCAGCCUCGGCCUCGUCCACACCUGUAGCAGACUCGGCCCCAAAGGCGAAAGAUUUAAAAGGCGUCUACACCGAGGUGCUGCAUUUUCAAACUAUAUGCUCAUGCUUGUGGUACAGGAGCAAAGAGAAGCUGCAGGGCUCCAUACCCACCAUGAUCCCUCAGGAGCUGCCAUUUUCCGAUGCCUACUUACAGCAGAACAGUGAGUGUCCUCACUACAUGGAGCCCGGAUCAACAGGCUGCGUGUGCAGUCCACGUCAAUGCACGAGCAUAAGCUCCAUAACAACAGGCCUACACAUAUUCUCCCCGUUCAGGGUGUUUAAGAGACGCAGCUCUGUCUAGCCUCUCGCUGCGACAGCUUUUACUCUGAAAACCGCCGAGAGGGGAAACAGAUACUCCCGAGUCCUCAUAACAAAGACUGAACUGCAAAAGUAAAUAUUUGUGGUGCUAUAAUCCYAGUAUUCCAACAGUAUCGUGUGCGAAAAAGAAAGGAAGAAAAAAAAAAGAAGCACUUUCAGAAGUGUAAACAGCAAAGUCUUUCUCAAAUAUGUAAUGGAGACAGAACAGCCUGCAGUGUUUUCGUUGGAGGCUUUCUGUGGGUUUAGAGGCGUCAGGUGGGCCUUUUGGAAGUCAUGUGGGUCGCUGCACAUGAACACAGUGCGGUGCAUACGGUGUACCKUGUACACAAUAUGAAGGGAGAAGCUGAGCAGGUGGACUCUGAGCAGUGACUCAGGAAAACAGGACUUCACUUAAAGGGAUCCCUGAUUAGUUGUA